AUGCCGGCACAGAUGCAUCACUGUGGUGAGUUCACCACGCACGUGCACAGCAGACAACUGCGUGCAGGCGGAACCUUCUGUAGGGAAAUAUUAUCUCAACGAACACGAUUGGUGCUGAACAUACCGAAACUGCUUUGCUGCAGGAGGAGGGAUGAGUCUCUCCCCUGUGAUUGGCACAGAGCACAGCGAGGAGGUUACAGCGACGCAGAAGAGGAGGGAGAGAAGGAGAAACAGGAUGAAGAGGAAGACGAGAAGAAGUGGAGAAACCAGCACAUGACAGGACGGACGCAGGGACAGUUACGGCCGUCACAUCAGUUCUCGUCCUCGGCCCCAGGUCCGAGCUCAGCUCCCUGCCCCUCAGAGGACCCUUCCUGCCCCCCUCAUAUCAUGGCCGAGGUGUGGGUGAGGAACGUGCGGGGCAUGCAGGAUAGUAAGAGCCUGGACGAGAUCAGCCAGGCCUGUGGAGGGGCGCGAGGAGGAGGCAGAGCAGGGCAGUCUGAAGGCAGGAGAGCCACCAUCUCCUCUGCCCUGGAGCUCGAGGGAACAGUCAGUCAUGAGGGAGAAAUAACCACCUUCAUCACAAAGAACCUAGAACAGAAGAUCAAGAUGAGCUCUAAGCCCAGCCUGGACUGCAGCGACUCGGACUGCUCAGGCCCCAUCUCCCGCAGCAGUCGCCCCGGAGGCCGCAGACCCGUGGACAUCCCUCCCAUCGACCCCUCGGUGCUGCUGGACCUGCACCGUCACACUCAGGAGGUGGCCCAGAGCGUGGAGGCCAUGAUGAAGAGCCUCAACGGCACAAUUCAAAACAUGACGGCGCUGAGCGUGGGCUACAUCCAGACGUAUCGGGACUCCGUGGACAGUCUGGGAGAGUCUGUGGACAUGAGCAUCAAGGGCAUGUACACGCUGAUGGCCCGCUGUGAGGAGCUGGACCGGUCGAUGCAGCCUAUUCACGGCUUGGCAUCUCAGAUCCGCGACAUCAAGCGCACCCUCGACGCUCUGGAGGCCAUCUGUAAGUAA